CAUCUAUUGGAAAAAGAAGAAGAAAAAACAUCAAAUUUGGAUCUAUCGUCUUCUUUCUCUCUCUCUCUAUCUCUAUCGAUGAUCAUCAUUGUUUUGCUUUAUGUAAAACAAAUCCUGAUUUGAGAAAAUAGUUUUCAUGGUUAGGUAUUUCCCAAGCAAUGAUCAGAGUGCCUUACCAACCCACUUUGGGUUCUCACCGGGGAACCCAAACACCGCCGGUGAGGUCACUGCUCGAGUAUUCUCAUCCAGACUUCCGGUUGUUUGCCGGCAGAUCCAUAGUAAGCAACCGUUCGGAAUGUUCAGAGGCGAAAAUGCGAUGAACUAUGCAUUUUCCACCUUUUUGCUCGAAGCGGUUAUCAUCAUAUUCUUCAUCAAAUCCUUUUGUUUCCUCCUUCGGCCUCUACGUCAACCUCGUAUCGUCUGCGAGAUUCUUGGUGGAAUGAUGGUUGGACCAUCGAUGCUUGGAGGAAGCAGAAAGUUCAACUACUACUUGUUCCCACCGAUUGCGAAUUAUCUAUGUGCAAACUUGGGACUGAUGGGAUUCUUUUACUUCUUCUUCCUCACGGCGGCCAAGACGGACGUUGCGGCCAUCGCAAAGUCGCCAAGAAAGCACAAGUACAUUGCUGCCAUCGGCGUUAUAAUCCCGAUGCUCUGCGUGUGGGGCACGGGGAUGGCCAUGCGAGACCAAAUGGAUAAAAACAUGCAGAAGAUGACUUCCAUCGGAGGGGUUGCGUUUGGAUUGGCUUUCAGUUCUUUCCCUGUCAUCUACACCAUCUUAAGGGACAUGAACCUUCUCAACUCGGAGGUGGGCAAGUUCGCCAUGUCGGUGGCUCUCCUUGGAGACAUGGCAGCGCUCGUCGUUCUUAUUGUGUUCGAGGCCAUGAUGCAAGAAGACGAAGGAGGAUCCAUGGCCGCAGUAUGGUACUUUGUCUCGGGGGUCAUCCUCACAGCUUUUAUGGUUUUGGUUGUGAGACGAGGCUUUAAGUGGGUGGUCGCCCAAACGCCAGAGGGAAAACUCGUGGACCAAAACUACAUCGUCAUGAUUCUCAUGGGUGUCCUUGUCGCCAGUUUUCUCACGGACAUGCUCGGUUUGUCUAUAGGCGUGGGACCCAUCUGGCUAGGGCUGCUUGUCCCUCAUGGUCCACCGUUGAGUUCGACGUUGGCUGUUCGGAGCGAGACCUUUGUCCUUGAAUUCUUGAUGCCUUUCACCUUCGGUUUGGUCGGACUCAACACCAAUGUACACUUACUUAACGACGAGAACUGGCCGCAAAAGCUCUCCCCUCUCUUCUACAUGUCCAUCGUUGGCCUCAUCACCAAGUUUAUCUCCGUCGUUUCCGCUGCUCUCUUCUUUAAAGUCCCCACCAGAGACAGUCUCACGCUUGGCCUCAUGAUGAACUUGAAAGGCCAGAUCGAUAUCUUGCUCUACUUGCAUUGGAUCGACAAACUUAUUAUCGGUUUACCCGGUUUCACUAUCUUGGUUUUGCAUACGGUUGUGGUUACGGCUGUAUCAACACCGCUCAUCAGCUUCCUCUACGAUCCAAAUCGCCCUUACAGGAUCAGCAAGCACCGCACCAUCCAGCACUCUCCCCCCUCCACCGAGAUGGGUCUGGUUCUUGCCGUCUCCGACCACGAAGCCUUGUCCGGUUUGAUCACCUUCCUAGACUUCGCCUAUCCCACUUCAACUAGCCCCUUUUCUAUAUACGCCGUCCAGCUGGUGGAACUGAUGGGGCGAGCCACGCCGUUGUUUAUUGACCACGAACAGAAAAGGGAGGACGAGGAGGAAGACGACGAUGAGGAGGAAGAGGAAGAGCCUGAACGUACCCGGAACAGGCGAGUAGACCAGGUGCAGAGCGGCUUUAGGAUGUACAGGGAGAAAAGAGAUGGGUGUGUGACGCUGCGUGCCUACACUGCUCAUGCUCCAAAGCGUCUAAUGUACCAAGACAUUUGCGAGCUGGCCUUAUGCAGGAAAACAGCUUUCAUUCUCUUACCUUAUCAGCAGGAGCGCCUUGACGACGAUGCACCUACCGAGCUACGUGACUCUGGCAUGCUAUCUGUGAACACCGACGUCUUGGCCCACACACCUUGCUCUGUAUGUAUCUAUCAUGACAAGGGACGGCUUAGAAACGCCGUGGUUCGGUCCUCGGUUGACCAGUCGACCAACUCGAGCCGCAUGAGGCAAGAAACAUACCGUUUCGUGGUUCUGUUCCUAGGAGGAGCUGAUAACAGAGAAGCUCUGCAUUUGGCCGAUAGGAUGACGGCGAACCCGGAUAUAAAUAUGACGGUGAUCAGGUUUUUGUCUCACAACCACGAAGGAGAGGAAGAGAGCGAGAAGAAGCUGGACGAUGGGGUGGUGACGUGGUUCUGGGUCAAGAACGAAGGCAAGGAUAGGGUAAGUUACAAAGAGGUUGUGGUCAAGAACGGUGCGGAGACUCUCGCUGCGAUCCAGGCAAUGAACGUGAACGACUACGAUCUUUGGAUAACGGGGAGGAGAGAAGGGAUCAACCCAAAGAUUCUAGAAGGGCUGUCCACGUGGAGCAAGGACCACCAGCUUGGAGUCAUCGGAGACACCUUGGUUGGGAGCGUUUUUGCCUCAGAGGGAUCGGUGUUGGUGGUUCAGCAACAGGUGAGGAAUCAGAAGGGUGGUGAUGGUUUCUUGAACGGCAAGUUUGAUUACAAGAGUUUAGUGUCUCUCUGGUCGUGUCAUAAUUGAUUAAUUAGUGCGAUUUCUUCAUUGAUUAGGCUUCUUUUAAUUUGAUUAAUUCCGAGUUGUACAAUCUGUAUUAUUGGGAUGGUUUUGCCCAUUUUUUUUGUACGUGUGGGUCCAAAUUCAUGUACGAGAGAGCGAAUAAAUUCCAAUAUAGAAGCAGCUUAAUUAGGGCUUAUGAUUCUUUCUUGCAAUCUAAGAAAUCAAGAAUAGUAGGGCUUUGUUAAUUGUUAAAGUAAAAGGCCCAAUGGGCCAGUAGUAAAU